AUUCUCUUAUUUUUGAACAUGUAUUUUGCAGGUUAUAGCAUAGAAUGACUGGAAACCAUUUUUUGUUUAGCGUUCUCCAAAAAACAUAUCUUAUUCAUUUAUUUUGGAUGUGUAUUUCUAUGCGCAAAACUUACUGGUGUUUGUUUCAAUGACCUCACAUUCAAGUGUGACGGGCUUUCUUGUAAACAAGAGUUGCAUCAGUGCAUCCCAUUUUUUUGCAGGUGAACAAAUUACUGGGUAAAGUAUUAAUUAUGGUGCAAAUAAAUUUUUGGCUUCGGAGUGUGUAGACGCCAAGCGCCCGUCAGUAAUAACAAUUGAGCGCUGAGAACUUGCUCAAGCUGUCAUGCAUUACUGCAGACUGCUUGCUGCAGUAUUUUUACGAUGACAUCAUCCCCUUAUCCCGUUUGAGGGGAUACCACGUGGUUGCUUGCCAAAGAUGCAACAAAUUGCGAUGCACAAUUAAAAACAAACAUAUUUUUACUGUAACUAACUGGACCCAUCGCCUAAAUGAAAAUCCUCUCUAAACGGAAAUCUGCCGUCGCUAUUACUGUUACAUUCGAGCCUGUUUUGCUUUCACGAAGCCUUUUAACAGUUGGAAUGAAGACCUAGUAUGUGAUUGGUCAGUGUCAAGGGAUACAUAAAAAUCCACCAAUCAGAUUGGUUGGCAGAUUCAGGUGGUAAACCCUGAUCCUGCCUCUGACUGUAACGGCCCAGAGAGCUCUCUGCUCUCCCUCGUAGUGUAUUUUUUAGUCCUGCUUCGGUUGCUUCCCUUCCCCUGUGCCGCCAUUAAAGCCCGUCAGCUUGGUGUUUGGGAAUCGGGGAAAAGGAUGAAAAUGAUUUAAAGCGUCAAAGCAGACGGCCGAGGGACGGGACUAGGGGGGGUUCUUGCUCCGCGUGUACAGCUUGCUGUGUGAUCUCCUUAAGAGUGGAUCUGCCAAGCUGAGAACCCCUCUGAACGGCAGGAAGCCUCCCUCUGCGGUGGUGCGACGAUGACCGAGCUGGUUGCCAAGUGGGCCUGUGAAUACUGCACAUACGAGAACUGGCCGUCAGCCAUCAAGUGCACCAUGUGCCGCGCUCAGAGGCCCAGUGGGGGUGCCAUCAUUACUGAGGAGCCCUUCAAGAGCAGCCCAGCUCUGGAUGCCAGUCUGCACCAGUGGGACCCUGCAGGCCUCAGCAACAGCCCAACCCAGGGGGGCUCCAGCUUACUUAUUUGUCCAGACUCCAGUGCCCGACCCCGUGUACGCAUUGCUGAUGUACCUGAGACUAGUAGCAAGUGGUCGUGCCAGAUGUGCACCUACUUGAACUGGCCUCGGGCCAUCCGUUGCACCCAGUGCUUGUGCCAGAGGCAACAGGCUCAACAACAACAGCAUGGGCAACAUGCAUCCCAUCAGGGACAUCAUACCCAGCAGCCACGCAGCCCCACAGAAUCACCCCAGACCUCAGGCUCUGGAUGCCGCCUGGCUUCCCCGGCCACCACUACAGACCCCUGUGAGGAAUAUAAUGACCGUAACAGGCUCAACACUCAUGCACAACACUGGACCUGCACUGCCUGCACUUACGAGAACUGGGCCAAGGCACUCAAGUGUGUGGUGUGCGACCAUCCCAGGCCAAAUAGUCUGCUAGCAGAACCCAUCGAGCUGGCAUCAGAACCUGAGAGUGUUGUUGGCCAUGUGGUUGGGCAAGGAGUAGGGAGUGUGCUAAGUGGGGUGGUGGGUUGUAGCAGCAGCCAAAGGAGGUCACCCCCGACCUCAAAACGGGAGUCAGAGGUGAACAUGGACUUUCAGAGGAUUGAACUGGCAUCAGGGGCUGGGAUUGGGAGCAAAGAGGAGCUGGAAGUGGAUUUCAAAAAACUGAAGCAGAUUAAGAACAGAAUGAGAAGGACUGAUUGGCUGUUCCUCAAUGCCUGUGUUGGUGUUGUGGAAGGUGACCUGGCAGCUGUGGAGGCCUACAAGUCAUCGGGAGGUGACAUCGCACGACAGCUAACAUCAGACGAGGUGCGCCUAUUAAAUCGGCCCUCAGCAUUUGAUGAUGGCUUCACGCUGGUUCACCUAGCCAUCCGCUUCCAGAGACAGGACAUGCUGGCUGUGUUACUUACAGAGGUGUCCCAACAGGCAGCCAAGUGUAUUCCAGCCAUGGUGUGUCCUGAGCUAACGGAGCAGAUCCGUCGUGAGGUGGCAGCCUCUCUCCACCAGCGCAAAGGAGACUUCACCUGCUAUUUCCUCACUGACUUGGUGACCUUCACCCUGCCUGCAGACAUUGAGGACUUGCCCCCAGCAGUUCAGGAGAAACUGUUUGAUGAGGUGCUGGACCGAGACGUACAAAAAGAACUGGAAGAGGAGUCUCCCAUCAUUAACUGGUCCCUGGAACUUGGGACCAGGUUGGACAGUAGAUUGUACGCCCUGUGGAAUCGCACGGCUGGGGACUGUCUCCUCGACUCUGUGCUGCAGGCUACAUGGGGCAUCUAUGACAAAGACUCAGUGCUCCGCAAGACCCUCCACGACAGCCUGCAUGACUGUUCUCAUUGGUUUUACACACGCUGGAAGGAGUGGGAGUCUUGGUAUUCCCAGAGCUUCGGCCUGCACUUUUCGCUUCGGGAGGAACAGUGGCAAGAAGACUGGGCUUUCAUCCUUUCCCUGGCUAGUCAGCCAGGAUCCAGCUUGGAGCAGACCCACAUUUUUGUUCUUGCACACAUACUUCGUAGGCCUAUUAUCGUCUAUGGAGUGAAGUAUUACAAAAGUUUCCGUGGAGAAACGCUUGGGUACACCCGUUUUCAAGGGGUGUACUUGCCCCUUUUGUGGGAGCAGAGUUUCUGCUGGAAGAGCCCCAUCGCUCUGGGCUACACGCGGGGCCACUUCUCAGCGCUGGUGGCCAUGGAGAACGACGGGUUUGACAAUCGUGGCGCGGGCGCCAACCUCAACACAGACGACGACGUGACCGUCACAUUCCUGCCGCUAGUGGACAGCGAAAGGAAGCUGCUUCACAUUCACUUCCUGUCUGCACAGGAAAUGGGUAACGAAGAGCAACAGGAGAAGCUGCUGCGGGAGUGGUUGGACUGCUGUGUAACGGAGGGCGGGGUUUUGGUUUCUCUUCAGAAAAGCUCCCGCCGCCGCAACCACCCACUCGUCACCCAGAUGGUGGAGAAGUGGCUAGACGGCUACCGGCAGAUCCGCCCCUGCGCCUCUUUGUCCGACGGCGAAGAGGAGGAAGACGACGACGACGAGUGACAGAAGCGGGGCGGGAGGCUGUCUGCGGGGGGGGCAGGACUCCUCUCUCUUACAGUUCUCUUUUAAUUCUGUUUUCCUUUCCCGACACGGACAAACUGUGAAAGCCUUCGGGAGAGAACAGGGAACCCACGAACCCCCAC